GUCUAACCUAUAGUCUGUAUAAUUUAUAGAGUCGACGAGCGAUAUUUCCAUGUGUUACAAAUGGAAUGAAAAACAAUAUAUUCCAUCUUUUUUGAUAGUGGAUAUAAAAAGUUCAUAGUAAAGUUGGACACUAUCUAUGAAUAAUACUUUAACAUAACCGAACACCUUUCUCAAUAUUAUUAAUACAUAUAUAAUUUUUUGUUGGUUUAAUUUCCAUAUAUAAUUUUCAUAUACAAAAAUGUGAGUAUAUAGAUUUCAUUGUUUCGUAUGUAACACUUCGAAAUAUUACCACUUAAAAUGAUCUGGUCGUAAGGGUGGCAGUUUAGGGCUAAAUAGGGCACAGAUAAAAGGAUUUAGAAUGUAUAUUUAUUUUUCAAAAUAUUGUCUGCUGUAUUCAAAAUGGGCAAAAACGAUAAAUGAAAAUAAAUAGAAACUAAUUCCAUUUUUUUAAGAACUCUAUGUAUGUUAAAAAAUUAAUGUGCGUUUGUUUGUAUGUCUUAAGUUGAUAGACUACUAAACGUCUGAACGGAUUUUCUUAAAAUUUUCACAGUGUAUACCUGUAGGUUAUAGGAGAAGAGCCAUGCUCUUUUAUAAAAAUAUUAAAUCAGUAUAUUUGAGAUACUAAAACAGUUAGAGUUCUCAAAUUUUGUCGAAGCCACUUUAGUAUGGUUACUUCAGACAAAAAGUAGGCGGACUAGCAUUAUGGGGCGUUGCGUCUCUCAUAUAAAUAAAAUACAAAAAUUCGUUUUUUAACAUUUUGAUUGUGUUAACAUUUGGGUAUCUUGUAGCCUCCAUAUGAACUAAAUAUAAAAAUUAUUUUAUCUAAGAAACUAUCGUAAAAUUUUACUUGAAGAAAUUUGACAUUAUCUAAAAAUUUAGAGAAUAAGGGUUGGACCUCAUCGGAACAUUUUGUAAAAAAAGGGAUUAAUGAUAAAAACCAAACAAAAUUAUCGGUGUCGUUAGAACCGAAUAUAUUACUCUUGCUUGCCACUUUAACAUUAAGUUUAAUAUAAAGUUUAUAAAUGAAUUUUAUAAAGCUAAAAAACAAUUGUUUGUAUAUUAAUUAAGUUAUAAAUGAACAAAUGCAAUAUUUUGCUAUUAAUAUUUUGUCAUUAGUUGAAAACGGUGUCUUAAUAUAAAACGACAUUUUUAGCGCAUUAAAAAGGACAUAUUACUAGAAAUAAAUAUAGUGAUCCUUGAAAAUCGCGGAACAUUUAAUUGAAAUACUUAUAUUUUAAUGAAUGUGGAAAGUGUUUAAAAAAAUAUAAUUAAAAAUUAUUAAAAAAAUAUAAUGAAGAACGAAACUAUGUUGAUAAGAGACUUCUUUAAAAAUCAGGAAAUAUUUAUAACCGGUGGAACAGGUUAUCUUGGUAAAAGUUUAAUUGAAAAACUCUUGCGAGAAUGUCCCGAUAUAUCAAAAAUGUAUCUAUUGAUAAGAUCAAAGCGAAAUAAAACACCACUGGAACGUCUAAAAGAAUUUUCCGAAGAUUUAGUCUUUGAACGUUUACAUCGUGAGCAACCGAAUGCAUUUGAAAAAAUUAUACCGAUUGUUGGCGAUAGUGUUGAACUUGGUUUGGGUAUUAGUCAGGAAGAUUUAGAACGUUUGAAAAAUGUUACUAUUAUAGUACAUGGUGCAGCUAAUGUGAGAUUUGAUAACAAUUUACGUGGUUCCAUCUUGAUGAACACAAGGGGUACUCAUGAAUUAUUAAAGAUUGCCUUAAAUCUGAAGCAUUUAAUAGCAUUUAUACAUGUUUCAACAGCUUACGUUAAUCCUUUUGCAGUGCAUAUUAAAGAACAGCUAUAUAAAGCACCGGUUGAAUGGCGUUCAGCAUUAAAAGUUGCUGAAACCUAUGACGAAGAGACGCUUGAAAUAUUAAAAUUAAAAUAUACAAAAUAUUACCCCAAUGCCUACAGUUUUACGAAAAAUCUAUCCGAACAAGUAGUAGCUGAAUUUUCCGAUAGAUUGCCAAUAACAAUACUUCGACCCUCAAUUGUUACACAUUCAAUGAAAGAUCCAGAAUCCGGCUUUAUUGACAAUUUAAAUGGUCCUAUGGGUAUGUUAGUUGCCAUCGCUAUGGGAAUUUCUCAAGUAACAUAUUGCAAUCCUGAUUUAAUUAUGGCUUUAAUAAAUGUUGAUAUAGUAACAGAUUUUACUAUAAUUGCAAUAUAUAGACGGGGUCUAGAAUCGAUGAAUUCUAAAAAAAUUGGCCUAGAUAUACGAAACAUAUCAGCCGGAACUCGAUAUAAAUACACUUUAAAUCAAAGCACUAAAAUUUUCCUCAAUGAAACGAGUCAAGAACCUUUUGUAAAAAGUUUAUGGGCACCAACUUGUUUUAUGACUACAAAUUAUUUUCUAUUCAUUAUGUGUGUAUUUUUGGUAAAUAUACCAUUAGCUUUGAUUUAUGAUUUUCUAUUGAUGUUAUCGAAGGAGGAAAAAAUGGUUUUAAAACUGACGCGUAAACUUGUGUACACUUCUAAAGCUCUUGGAAAGUUUUCACAAGAAUAUUUUGAAAUUCAAAAUGAUGGCAUGUGGGAACUGCUUAAACUUCUACCGGAAAAAGAAAUAAAAACAUUUGGUAAUAUUACUGAAGCAUUUGAUAAGGAUUACAUUCAGACCAUGCGAGAACUAAGGGAUGGUGUAAAAAAAUAUAUUUUUCGAGAGCCACUUAAAGCAACACCAGCUACGCAAAGACGUUUUAAAAUCUUUAUUAUAUUAGACAGAAUUAUUAAAGUGUUAAUAUGCUCAAUGUUUGUAGUUUUGUUAUGGAAAUUGGUUAAUUAAAAUUAAGAAUAAUAAGUCGAAUUUGUUAUAGAAAAAGGGAUUUUUUUAAAGAAAUAAUAAAAGAAACAAAAAAUAAAAUAAUUGUUUAUAAA